AUGCGCUCCCAGACUAGCUUCAUCAUCAUCUCUGCCCAACGCCCCUCCCACGUGCUUUGCUCCUCUGCACCAUUUGGCCUGGCCACCCAGCCGCAGCCACCCAGGCCAGACCUCCGAUCCGCCCCAGCCGGCCGCAGUCCACAACCCAACCACCAAUGCGCUCACCGAGCACUGACACCACCAACGGCGCCGCAACCUCCGCCACGUGUGCAGACCCCAUUGCCGUGUGCCGCUUUCCAGCCGCCUUGCCCCCCCCCCAGAAGGCGUUUACAACAAGGAUUUCAGCGAGGCCCGGGUGGGGCGGAUGGCCGCCGAUCGCAGCCGCCCGCGCCGGGGGCCAGCUGUCCCGCUCCAGCAUCUCGGAAAGCUUGCAUGCACUCUAACGCAAGCUUAACAGCCAAGCCUAGCCAAGCCUCUGGAGCGGCAUUCCGGCAGCCACAGCUCCGGUCCCGGCGCGUUUCCUGCACCGAAUCCGGCCCGUCUGCUCGUGCCCCCAGCGCCCUUGUGGCGCAAGAGACAGUGUCUGCGACCUUCAGGCCUGCGGGCCCUGUGCCCUCCGCGUCUGUGGGCCCUCCGAGACGGCCGGCCCGCCCGGGGAGCAUUCCGGCACGAGCGGCCACAGAGGUCUGUGGGGGGCGGCCGGGCGUGGCCUCGGCCCAGUCCUCCGCCCAGAAACACAGAAAAAGGGCACGGACAAGCGGCGCACCAGCGCGCAUUUCGACCGCCCGCGGGAAUCCGCCGGGGGCGCGAGGCCUUGCAUUAAUGUGUGCGAGUGUUAUUAGUGGGGGCCCCACCGGCGUUGCGGGCCAUUGGGCCCCCCCUUGA